UAAAAACCACCAAUCCUCCCCCACCAUUGCCAACGCAAACAUGCUAUCACCACCUGUCGAGCUGCUUCCUGUCCAAACCAGUCCCGUCUCACCUCCUCAGUCCCCCUCAGACAUCCAUCACCCUGCACAUACGUCUGUGACCGGUCUGAAAAGUGCAAAUCCAGCAGGGAGUCUCCAGCGAGAUGCAUCAGUACGUCAGGGUCAAGACUCUUCUUUGAUAUGUGACCAGUACCCGGUUAACCUGGUUUCUUCCUCCACCUCUCCUCGCUCUGGGUCCGGAGCACAGGUGGCCUCUUCUCCUUCGUCGAGUCGGUUAGAAUGGUCUCAGCGCUGGCCUGUUCUGCCCCCGAUCUCUCCAGUCAGAGGAUGCUCGGACACAUCAGCAUCACCGCUGAGCCGCACUCGCUCCCAAAUGUUUGAUGAGCUGGAUGACGUCGCCCCUCAGACGGCUUCCUGUCCGUCUGUGGCCCUGCAGUCAGACGCUUCAGGUUGCCACCUGUCACAGCCUAGAUUGGGUGGCCAUCAAAGCCAACGUCAGGUGGUGGGAGCCACCAUAGCCUGGGUCUGGUGGUGGGAGCCAUCAAAGCCAAGGUCAGGCGGUGGGAGCCACCAUAGCCUGGGUGUGGUGGUGGGAGCCAUCAAAGCCAACAUCAGGCGGUGGGAGCCACCAUAG